CUUUGCAUGAUUUCAAGCGAGCUUGGUUUUGAAACCAGUUGUUUGUUGUCAUUUUCAUUUGGCGCCAAAUCACUACGGCCAGUGAAAUGCCAGUGCUCCUCGACCAUCAAGAAGCUCAGAACACGGAUUGGCUGGUGAAAAGUUUGAACCAUGGCGUGGAAGUGUUUACCGUACUGGAAGAUCCCAAACGAUAAUUUCUAUCCAAUUUCGAUGGUCUGUGUAGCGGAGGAAGAUCAACAAACAACGACGGUCGUGGUGGCGAGCGCAGAACACGUGUUCUUUCUUCCCGUGACGAACAUAAAUCGUACGUCCAACGAGCAGCACUUGUUUACCCGCGGUGACCAUGCGUUGGCUGCACCGAUCAGUGCGUUAAAAGCUACUGAUGCUAAAGUAUGUCUAGUUUCGUCAGAUGGACGUUUGACGGUAAACGCAUUGGUGGGCGAUGAGCUUGCUAACGUUGCCAAUUACAAUCGUGUCCUGCAUGUUGAGUGUUGUUCUAAAAAAGGCGAAUUGUUCCUAGUGAGACAAAAGCAGGCUACUGGAGGUCAGAUAGUGUUGGAGGUGAUAGAUGCUUCCAAAAGAUUCUCCUCUCAUGUUCCUCCUUCCAAGUGCUAUGACCUCGUGGUAGAAAGUAUCGAUAUUACCGCCCGAUUCACUAUCAAAAGUGUCGUUGUCAAGGAAGCAAAUGAACGGUUUAUGAGUGAUUUCCUUUGCUUUACAAAGCUUAGCAUCGGAGACCAAAUAUUGCUGGUAGCCAUCAAUAACAGUAUCUACUGGCUGCAGGAGCAGGACACGGGCGAAAGUGAUCUGAUAACAGUGCGUUGUUUUGCCUCAUGUGUAAUAGAUUUUGAGCUGUCUAAAGCUAGCCUUUGGCUAACGGUUUUACUGGAAUCGGGUGUGCUGGUUGUUUUCGGCCCUACUCUAGCGCCGGAAGCUUUAACAAUUCCAACCACCUCGAUUUAUCUUCCGGCCCCGAUCGAGGCUUACGCUUUCGAAAAGGAAAAUAAUGCUUUCCUGUACUCCAACGGUGCCGGUAUCCAUCGUGUGCACUACUAUUGCUCGGAAGAAACAAAUCAAAUCGUAACAGAAAGGAACGAAAUACCCGUCCGAGGCGUGAUAGCAAUUGCUAUGCUCGAAAGCCAUGCACUGGCUCUGCUGCUAACGGACAACAAUCAAUUCUAUACCAUCGAUUGUGCAGAUAGAAAAGCGACCAGCGUACCGGAAGUACCGAAGAUGUUUACGCUUGGAAAGGGCAGACAAGCGAGUUCGAAGCGUAUGACGAACAGGCUCACGGAAGAGGUUUACUUUGACAAACGGCUAGACGAUGCACUGCAAGCCGAACAAGCGAAAUUCGACGUACUAGCACUGUACAGCAAUCGAUCCGCGUUUGAAGGGCUUGCUCGCGCGGAUACUACUUUCCAUCGUGACAUGCCACCGAGGAACGAAAAAACUCUCUGGAUAGGAGGAAACCGGAAAGAAACGGUUUGCCUAUUCGCUAGCAUAAGAAUAGAAAUCAAUCUCGGGUUCUUCACCUUACUCUCAAACCAGAAAAGCUGGAAUAUUUACAUCGAGCAUAACGGAAGCACUGUCACUUACCCCGUACACGAUACAUUCUCAUCCGACGGAGUGCUCAACGGAAUAGUAGCUCUAGGGAAACGUGCGUUGGUGAAUGGUUUGCCGACGUUUCGCUUCUUGCUAGUGACGACGCUAAAGCAUGCAAAUGAAAGGCUUCUGCUGACGAUUCCGAUGCCAACAUCUGCACAGCCAGUGGAAGAGUGUGCAGGACAUUUCAUACAGACAGCACCAUCGUCAUCAAUCUCCACUGAAGGGAGUGUGGAGUCGGCUGCUAGCGACGUUAUAGCUCAGAACAAUCCUCAUCCAGUUCGCUGCCAAAGGCAAGAUGAGCGCAUCAUCACGUACUGCAUUCGGAACGAACAAUCGAAAGCUAAGGCAGUCAGCUUUUCCAAUGCUUUGGAAACCAAUACACACGCCACGUGGUCCGCUUUGGAUGCGUCGGUUAGCCUGAGCUGGCAUGGCGGCAAGGCAGCAAUGUGUCUCAAAACGGACUGCCCGGUAGCGAUGGAUGUGGUGAAACGUUUUCUGCUUGAUAAGGAUGAGUUUGCUGCUGAAAUCGAACAGAGGAGGGAAAAAUUAAAAGGGCUGUUUCUCGAGCUGCAAGCCGUCACGGAAGGUGAGCAUAUCGUUAAGCUGUAUCGGAAAGUACGAAACAACGAUGUCCUUGAUGACGAUGUCCUGUCCCACGUUCCUCGCUAGUUGUGGACGCAACAAGCUGUUUUUGCUAUGUUGCUGCCCUAAACGCACUCUCCAGCGUGCUGUGUGUUCGCCUGCGUCGUCAAGCAAUUGACAGACUGAUGCGAGUGUGUGUGUGUGUGUGGGUUAGGAGCGGAACGCGCAUGCAAUGCAACGAUGGUGGCAAAACAAAAACAAAUCACGCACACUACCACACACACACGUCGUCAUGCUGCUGCGUAUUGUGCGAGAAGUUGAUGUCGGAGAAAUUGUACGGUUUUGCCAACAGAGAGUUGCCGCAGCAGAGAGCUUUGCGAAAGUCGGAACUCUUUGGUGUAGUUUUUCAGGCAAUUCGUGCUUGUG